GUCGGUCAUCAAAGUGGGCCAUCACCGGGUCGGUCACCGUAUGCUCACCACAAGAAUGCGUCCAUACGAUUACGGUUACCAAAUGCUAAGGCCUUUUAUAUCUUAACUAACAAUUCAAAGCUAAAGAGGUCGGUCAUCAAAGUGGGCCAUCACCGGGUCGGUCACCAGUGCAAUCACAAUGAAUUCCAAUGCAAAUCAGACAAUACAUGCAUUUCAAUACACAAAGUACAAGACGGCAUAAUCGACUGCCCGGAUGCCAGUGACGAGAAAUGUAGGUCCGACCAGUUCAAAUGCCGGUGCGGUUUCCCCAAAUGCAUUGACAGACACCUCGUCGGCAAUGGGGUCCUCGACUGUAAGGACGGCUCUGAUGAAGGCCAACAACUGGACUGUCAUUACAAGAAGCAUAAGAAGAAGACUUCAGGAGACGGUAUGACAGCAAGCAAUGCCACUUCAGCGCAACUCUUGCAUAAAGAGUCAAUUAGUUCAGUCCUUUCGCCUAAAUUAAGCGAAUCACACAUUUCUAUGGCUUUCAGUUCAGAUCAUGUCUCGCAAUCAACGCCUAACCAAAUACUAGUCUCACAGCAAAUGCCUGACAAACAAACUAACAUUCAAUUAGACGGUCUCUACCACGAGUCCCACCACUCCGUGCACUCGAGCCAAGCGAUGACAUUGCAGCCAUCGGUGCCGUCGUUUGUAGAGCUAACCGGAACUUUCGUGCCAUUCGAGCAGCUCUCCCAACACUCGGCAUUCCCGGCACAACCAGGUCUGCCCGCUCUGCCCCCUCUCUCAGCUGUUCAUUACUAUACAAAUGAUGCCAAACUCACGACACAGGACUCACUUAUUGAGAUCACCGGCACUUUCAUACCUGAAAUGGAGUCUAUCUUAAUUAAUUCAACGCUUGAUAACCAUAAGAAUCCCAAUUCAAAGCCAUUAGACAAACUCAAUGCAAAUCAUUAUAACUACAUAACUAUUACGGGAACUAAAGAAAUGUUUGCAACCAAUGAUAACACUUUUGAGAUAAUAACCGGAACUCAUUCUAAUUCUAAAGACACCAACAAAUCAGUGACCAUAAGACUCGAUGGAGGGGAACUGGCAGUAGUCGUUCCCACACCUGUUCUCAAGCCUCACAUCAAGAAUAACUCGACAAAUAAUAAAUUACUUUACGCUACGAUUGAAACAAACGCAACUGAAAAGAACAAUACAUUUGACAAAAAUUAUUUGAAUCCUAAGCCAAAUGUGCAGACAGUGACUGGAAGGAGAAUAGGAGAGGGGGUAUCCGUACUAUCGGAUCAAUUCAUUAGUGCCAAUAAAGCAGAUGUGUUGACAAAGCCGUCUAUAAUUAGUUUGAAAGAUAGGUUUAUUAGCCAUAAUAGAGAUGAGGAGAGCAUUGCCUCUGCAGGCACUCCUGUGCUGAAUACGGAAUCGUUAGCAUUGAGGAAAGCACCGGUAUAUACUCACUCGAAAUUGGACCAAAACAAGCAAACUGAGGACACCAGCGAUGUUGACUCCUUUCAGGAAAGUCAGUCAUUGAGUUCGUCAGCAGAGAGCCGACGCGUCUCAUCGAUUGAGCCCUCACUGUCAUUGUCUUCGUCGUCGCCUCAGUUGGUCCGUCCGACCGGUCUGUUGAGCACAAUCACCGGAACCAAUGAGUUGGACGGUUCAGUGACUGAAUGGACCACUUCAGUGAUCGGCACUUAUAUCAGAGGCACUUACGCUCAUAUAUUACAGAGUACUUCAAGUAUUUAUGCCAAACAUAUCGAAACUACAAAAACUGCUCCGUUUGACGACUUCAGUAAUGAUAGGACUGAACGACCAGUUUUCGUGGAAAGCCCUAUCAAUUCAGAUGCAUUGAGUGAAUCAAUUGAAAUCGAUUUGAGUGAAUCACAUCGCAUGGCAAUACUGCCGACGCGGGUAACCAUAACCAGUGGUUUCAUAUUACCCUCCGUUCUCCGUUCGCCUCAAUUUGUCAAUCAAUCAAAUGUAACACCGGUUGUGACAAAAGACUCAAACCCUAUCCAAAGCAGUCAUAACAGACUUCUGGAGUCGAGUUUAAUUGAUUCUAAUCAUGAAAGCUAUCUCAAGACGCCUACACUUGAGACCAGUGCUGAGCUAAGACUCAAAACAUAUUUCACUCGAUUUACAUAUUAUACAACAGUUGUAAAAGAGGGCCAAACCCUUGUUAACAGCCGUAUUGAGACGUCUUCUAAUGUAAAGCUAGAAGCUGUGACCGAUACUCAUGAGGUGCUGCCCACCCGUCCUCUCACUACUUAUUAUACGACUUAUACUUAUUUCACAACUUUUAAAAGAGGAGAAACUGAAUUCGUUAGGAGUAGGGAAGAGAUAGUGACUAAUAUUAUGCAAAACACAGACAAUCCUUUCCUAAUAUCCAGUUCUGAGCCUUUGAUUACAAAAUCAAUAGAGCCUUCGGUUUCACUUUUGGCGAAUAAUAAGCUGUUAAAUAGUUUAGCAAUUAAUCCCUCGGAUGUGAACAAUAAUCUCAAGCCUACUAUAAAUCGAGAUAUUGAGUCAGAUAUGACCACAUUAACAUACUUUACCACUCAUUUCAAAGAUGGAAAGCCUAGUAUUAAGAGUAGAAAAGUAGUUGUAAGCAAAACAGUAGAUACAAAUCAGAUCCCACAGAAUGAGAUCCCAGUGCCCGUACAUGCAGUGGUUAAGCCAAGUGUUAGUUCCAGACCUAAUGCCUCAUCCCUUUCAACUCCGUUGGAUGAGUCGCUAAUAAGUAGUUUGAAUAUCGCAGACCUGUUAUCUGGUGUAGCGGUUCCGAUAACACACUACACGACAUUCACAUACUAUACCACAUUCUUUAGGGAUCAAAGCUCUAGCAUUAAAUCGCGAACAGAAGUUGUAUCCGAUGUUAAAACAGGAACUAUUAAUUUGGGUCUUAAGACUCCUAUCCCUCAAAUCACUCCAACAAUCAAUACAUUGAAGAUUUCAAACACAAGAGCUGAUGAUUUGGGUUCAAUAAAAUUGGAUAAAGAUUUUGAUCAAUUGAUAGCUGCCGGCGCUGAAAAUAGGCCAAUUGUAAUCACACCGGUUACUCGACUCUCCACUACCACUUACUUCACUACUCUUCUCAUACCAGGGGAGGACUCCACUGUAAUCAGUAGUACGCGAGUCCUAUCUGACAUAUAUAUUCCCGGUCCCAGUGAUACACUGCCAGUCCCUCUCGGUAUUUAUGACUACCAUAGCAUGAGUCUCGACCCGUCUAUGACUGAAAGACAUGAAGCCAUUGCUGUUCACUCGACAGUUGAUGACAGAGUUGUUGCCACAGAAUCACUGCCCGAUAUCAGUAAUAAUCCCGAAACAGUUUUCACAACUUAUACAUACAUUACAACCAGAUUUCCAAAUGGAUAUCCAAUAGUAGACACUAGUUAUGAGACAUUUAGCAAUUUGGUCACCAAAUUUGUUCCAACACUCCUGACCGCAACUCCCGACUCACAUAGUACUCAAUCUUUUGGAGCACUGGUAGACGAAAGCAAUCAUAUUUUUACAAAUCAAUUAUUCAAUCGGAUCCACGAGUCUUCAAUUAUCACUCCAUCCAGAUCUAGAAAACCUAUUGUCGUGACGCGAACUCGAGUUCUUGGAAGCGGUGGACUCCAACCAAUACCUGCGGGACCGCGACGUCCAGUAGUUAUUGUUAGGAAAAGACCGGAUCAAGAGAUCCCAAAACACAUUCCUCUUCGCAUUUCUGGACAAUUCAGAAGUGAGGACAGAGGAGAAGGAGUUGAACCACACAUUAGAAUAGUUCCGCCGAAGGAGAGUGUCGGUCACUAUCAUAAUGUUGAGGAGUUUAGUACAACCGGUGAUGUCGGCCGAAGAUUUCCGAAAGUGACUCCAACUCCCGUCACAUUUUAUACCACAUAUACAUACUUUACAACUGAAUUAUCUGAUGGAAUACCUGUCGUUAAAAGUAGGGAACAACUCUAUAGUACUGUUAUAACAAACAAAGUUCUUCCGACCCGUACUAUACCUGCCGAUGCGAUCAGACAUAAGAGAAGUGCAGUCUUUGAUGUAAAUGAUUACAAGAAUAUCAUUGCAAACAAAUCUGUUGACACUUCUAAAGAUGAGAAACAAGACUUAGAGGCAAAUCCUAUGGAAGAAGUUAAAUCUGAUCCAUACAUUAAAAACGAUUUGAAUGAAUUGGUAGUAAAUAAACAAAGUAUAUCUUCAAAAGAUUUGAUGUCUGAAAAUGUGUCGCAAAAAGAGGACAACCAAACAGCAGAUAAAAAGACGGGAAUUAUUACAGAGAAGACUGAAAUCAAAGGAUUGCAAACAUUAAUCACUGAAAUAUAUGGCACUUUAAUAAAUGGGAUUUACGCUCAGUUUGCAGUCACCCGAACUGUUUUGGAUUCAAAACCUACAACAAGUAGUCCAAUAAAAUCCAUUUCGCUGUUCAGUGAAGACUCCUUCAGAGACUCCAUCCAUGUCUUCAGUAUUAAUGGAAACGGGAUUGUUGUCAUCAAAUUCAGAGACAAUAUUAAUAAUAAUAAGACAACUAUUUAUACGACUGAAAUCCGCACCACAAGUAUUAACGGGCUGUUGGCCCACAUCGGACACAUCAGUUCAACGGUGAUCGAGUCGUGGACUCCUUUGCCGGGUUUGGCUUCCGCUGUCUAUUCGACCCAAACUCUAGACAAUAGCAUAACGCUAUACACAACCGAAUUCUAUACAACAGAAAUCAAUGGAUUUACAGCUCAUUACUCCAGAAGUACUUCUAAUAUCAUCGCACCUGUAGUCUCGACUGACACUCAACUACAGACAAUUGAAAGCAUAGCCACAGAGAAAACAAAGACUGUCAGACCAUUCAUUCACUUUCCAACUCCCGUUAGAUUCUUAUUCUCAUCUAAAUUAACGUCAACUUCAACUCCCGCUUCAACAGUCGCUUCAACUAUAACCGCAAUAUUAAACCCCGACCUCUCGUCUACUGAUUUUCCAAUGAAUAAUAUUUUGGACAAUAGUUAUGAAUCGGAUGAAUAUUAUGACGAAACGGCUGAACGUGGAGAAGAACACACGCCUAGGAGUCGACCCAUUCGUGAGAAAGACUCGCAACCAUUGCUUGAAUAUGAAUACGAAGAUAUAGAGCCCUCACAACCAACUAUUGAACCCCCAAAGCCUCAAACUUUGAAUUAUAUCCCAUAUCGAGGAGCUGCCAGAGCUGGGGCUUCAGUACCGACCCGAACAGCACCACAACGACAGCUCAAUACGGGAUACAAUGCUCGACGAGCGCCGGCAGGCUUUGGACAGAGAGUGGGAGCUAAUGUCCCUCAAGACGCACCAAAAGAACCUCUAUUUGAAUAUCCUGUGAGAGAUGUAGUUCCGCCACAAUCCACUCAAAGACAAACUCAAGAGAGGGCUAAGCCUGGAGUAACUCGAGGGAGACGGCCUGUCAUGCGAACCGAAGCCAUAGCUCCUACGAGAGCUUACAAUGAGUUUAAAGCAACGAUUCCUGAGUACAGAACAGUAGACAGAGAUAACAGACAAGAAGUGCCUGAAUAUGUGAAUAAUAGACCAGAAGAUGAGCAAAAUAAUAGAUUCAAUCAAAAUGCAAAUCAAAACAAUAGGAGACAACAAAAUGGUAAUAAUAGACUCAAUACAAGAAGGAGAUUACCGCAGACCACGACUCCUGCCCCGCGAACUCAUCCUAUUUUGCCGAAUAGAGGUCAAGUGAGACUUAAUAAGAAAUACAGCGGUCGACCCCGAUAUACACCUAACCCAACGAGAGAUUCCUCAGAUGAGUCGAUAAGAUAUAGAAAUGAUAACAAUAAUGACAACAGAAGGAGAGCUCAACAAAGAGGCAGAACUCCAAAGACAACACUUUUAUACCUCAAUCAACCGAAGCCUUCUGUAUAUACCGAUGAGUAUUAUUCGGCGACCAGUGAUGUGGUGACCACUCCUGCCUUACCUAAAGUUCCCGUUACUAUCACUUCAAUUGUAACGACUGUUAAAACAAUUCCAAUAUAUCAUGGCUUUAAGACCUCAUACGCGACACUUACGACAACCACAUUAAACACAAGUCUCAUCCAAACGGAUCAAUACGAGACUUCAGUGAAUCCAAUCGAUGGCAUCACUCGAAGUAUAUUCACUCAAAGUCGCGAUCCAUUAGAGCCCACGAAAGUGACUGAAGUGUUGAUCACGACAUCAGUCCUCUACGAUAGCGCCGCCCGCGACACUCGCACUGCCGGCGCCGGCAGGCCUAUCCUAUCAUCCUAUUCGCUUUUCAUUUCCACCAACUCUUUCAUAACCACCCAAACCCUCACCACUACUACUGUGGUGUCCCUCUCAGUACGCGAUGAGACUAUUCUAAGCACUCUUACACUCACUUCACUAACCGAGUCGACGGUUACCUCAACCCAAACCAUCUCUAUUCCGGUGCCGAUCACCCAAGCGGUUCCAAAUCCAGUUCCACAACCCAUUACAACUUUGCUAACUCUAACUCUGACCGGUGAUGGCGGGGAUAUAACACAAUUGGUUACUGCGGUCACAGUUCCUAUUCAGCCGGUGUUUCACACAAAAGUUGAAAGGGAUGUAAAGGCAACCCGCAGUCCCAGUGCCGCUCUAAUGCAGCAAACGCUCGGCCCUAAUCUUAACACAAUCAAGACUUCUGACACUUUUGAUUAUAUUUCCGUCUCAUUCAAAACUGUUGAUCAAAUGAUGAAAACUUUUGAUCCCUUAUUUAUUUCAACCAUUUUUAAAGGUCCAGAAACAGAGAUAUAUGAGGCCAGCGCUACAGUGGUUCAGAAGAUCAAACAUAAGGAUAAGGAGCAUAAGGACAUCCAUAAGAAUAAGAACUACAAAAGCAGUCAAAAUAAAUACGAGACCUCUUUCAAGAAGAGGAAACUCCAACAGUUCGCUCCCAAUGACAACAACUAUGGCUAUCCUUUCAGACAAAUAGACUACUCGACCGUCAAUUUGAAGCCUCAAACCAUUAGCCUUCAAGUGGACCAAAACGAACCCAUCCCUGACUUCCUGGGCUUCGAUAGUCCGAGAUUCCAAUCACUGCCACAAUCGGCUCCACAACCCUUUCCGCAACCAGUUCUCCAGAGAACGCCCGCCUCAAGACAGCCAUCGUUUCAGAGAAUCCGCAUUAAUAAGCCAUUGCCAUCAUCACCACCAAUACUAUCCACACCCCCUUCAACGCCAUUCACAUCACCCAAUGAGCCCCAAGAACUCAGGUUUCAACGACUCGUUGGUUUGGAUAGACUUCCCGAGUCUAACGUUCCCUUUAAUACAUCGCCCCUAAGACUCACAUCUCAGGGAAACUUUAGAAGAGUUCCUGUUUUUAAUAAUCAAAUCCAAUCCCUUUCACCGCUAAGACCACCGAUAAUAGAGCCGACCGUUACUGAUGUUUACGCGACUUCUGUACUCUUGUCGCCAACGUUUGGACCACUGGUUGACGACCAAAGACAGCCUACUUUCCGAAGAGUGAGACCAAUACAGGCACAACCGCCACAACCGCCACAACCAGUCCCUAAUGCCAGACGAAUCAAACCUAAAGUUAAAGUUUCGUCGAGACGUCCAGUUUCAACACCACUGCCCACUUCAGUAAUAGUCUCCUCAGUUGAAAUCCCUUUCCUACCGGUCAGUGAUAUGGUAGACAUUCCCAGAAGAAGUCCCGUUACAAGAAAGCCUGUUCUGGAAAACGAAGGCAUAGCCUCUCCGCCAUUGAUUACAUCGUCCAGAGUUAGACUAACGACUCCGAUAUCACUGAGAGAGACCACUACAGACACACCUCGAAGAGUGGUCAGAAUAAGACGACCCAACCAGCCGACCAACACUAAUAAGAAACGCAUUGUUUUGCCCAAAAACCCUCAGUCUUUAGAGGAACUGCAGGCAAGAGGACCCGUCCCUCCACGUGAUGACGAACCGCAUAAGAAUAAUGCCGUCGAUAACGACGAGUUCACAAACUUCGGGACAAGACUUAACGAAAAUGGAGAUAAAACUAUUGAAAUUCAUACGCCAACCCUUCCCUUAACUUAUUUCACAACAUUUACUUACUUAACAACUGUAGUAAGGGGUCAACACACGGCUCACUUGACCAGAGAGUCUAUUACAUCGACUGUGACCACCGAGGCAUUGGACAAAUCAAUUGUCGAUUUAAUACAAAACAGCGAUGGAGUCAUAAAACCGACAAAAGUGGUCGAUUUAGGCACUAAGACCAAGGGUGUUACCACUACUAUUGUUAACAUGGUAUCCAAAGUGAAAGUAUUCAACGAUGACUUAUAUAAAGUAAUUCAUUCAACAAAACCACUAUCAAUUGAUACGACAAUAACCGAAAAUAAUGGUCAACCCAUUCACGAACCGAGUUCUUCUCAUAUUGUCAUUCAACCGACGGCUGUUCACAAAGAAGUCGUGAAUACAAAACCCAUUGAAAAUAAUUAUAAGCUUUCAGAGUUGGAUAAAAAGCCUAAGAAACAAAUAACAAGUUUUACAUAUUAUUACACAUUAUAUGAUAAACUCAGUACUAAAUACAGCACCCGAUCUGAGGAGACCACUUCAGAUGUGGCACCAAAUGCUAUCUCAUCUCUUAGAUUGGACUCAACUAUCAAUUCACAUGGAUUGUUGAGUGUUGGCGCCGGGGCUGAAACGGUUCACUUGGGCUCCAGAGAGUUGGGAGGCCUGACUACUGAAGUGAAUUUGGCUCUCAAUACCUAUAUUAAGUUCGACGGCAUUAACAACGCUGUAGUCGAGCCGUUGGCCACCAGAGUAUUGGAUCCUCUCUCAAGUGAAUCAAUAGCUAUCGCCCCACAGUCUGUCACUCCUAACCCAUUAGAGAGCACUCACUUAAGCGCUUCCUUUUCAAGUUCCGUCACUUCUGAUCCCAUCUCUGGUAUAUCAACGCCGACCAUCCCAUUGGAGACACCAAUCAAAUUAGAGACGAGUCAUACGAGAAAACCCCUGAAAUUAAUGAGUUCUGCAGUUGUUAUUAGAGACCCAUUGAGAUCCAAGUUUGAUGCCUUUGGCAGACCUGGAGUUCGGGUAAGAGUUAAGCCGAUGCCAGAAAAGUCUACUCAAUUGCUGUCCUCUACCAUCGAUGACAUCACUAAAUCGAGUGAAACGGAAGUUUUGGCCACACCUGUGAUUUCGGCACCAGUUGAGGGCUUGAAUGAAGAGACCACAAGUGACGUGACGCCAUCCAAAAAGAGGAUUGCCGUCACUUUGAGGCGUCCCUUCGGAGGCAUUAGUCGAGUGUCCUCUCGUAGACCACAACGAGUUUCCGUAUCGACUAAACCUCGAUUCGUUGUCGUCACCAGAACCGGACCCCUGCCUACCGUCCAAUCCACUGCUAGGGUUAAGAUAAGUAGUCGAGUAUUUAAGUCACCAGCAGUUGAGAUGACAACAUCACCGUCCGUUGGUCUCAUCGCACCGACCACUUCUGUCAAUGACAAUGGAGAGACACUUAUUAUGGAUGUGACCACAUUGCCAGUCGUUUUCGGUUUGGAUACCAGUUAUCAAACGGUUACUCUCACAUCAACUCUUACACCGCCAACCACUCCAUUGCCAUCUGAGAUGACAGUAUUUGAAACAACAACACAUACCUAUCCAUUCACUGUUGGCGACCAAACCAUUUACACCACUGUCGAGGAAACCAAUUCCCGGGUGAUUACCAGAACAUUGGAUACGGUGUACCCGUCAGACGCCGCGCGCGCCAACAAACUGACGACUGUCUCGAAUGGCGUCACUAUUAUUGUUGGAGACAAUGGUCUCGCAAAUCGCACCCUUCCUUCGGGUGUUACUCUUCAGCCAACUUUGGUCACCGGAGCCGUCCAUAUGAAAGAUGGCAUUAAAACAGAUACCAAACAAUCAGAAAAAUCUUUGGUUACACUUUUUGAUACAAGAACUCUAUUCACAACUUUUACUUAUUUCACCACUUUCUAUACGGAAGACACGUCCAUAAUAUCAAGUUCUGAACAGACGGUGUCUAAUGUGGUGACCAUUCCCUACACCCAUAUAGUGGACAGCUCUUCCAAAUCCAUUUCUCCGACUGUUGUCUAUGAAACAUCUGAACGCUUGAGGACUGAAACAGUUUACUCGACGUAUACUUAUUUCGCUACUCUUUUCAAUGGCAGCACUUCGACGAUCACUCCUCUCGAAGAAAUCAAGACGGAGUACAUGACAUAUAAGGAGCCGUUGACUGUCACCAGAACUAUAGUGCCCACCACUACAGAACAGGCAUCGCUUAUCACCCGAACCUACUUCACGACGUACACCAAUUUGGUGACAUUCUUCCAGAACAACAAACCCGUCACUUCCACUCUCGAGGAGACUGUUAGCAGUGAAGUCGUGUACACCGUUCCCAAAAUAAUCAGUUCUUCGUCAUCAAGCUCUUCAUCCAUAAGACCGACGGCAGCUCUGGACGCACCAGUUUUGCGCACCCGAAGCACUUACACUACUCUAACUCAUUACAUAACACUCUUCAGCGGCAGUCAAACAAUCCUGUCGUCGAUCGAAGAAAUUAGUCCAACAGUUGUGACCGAAACGUCGGGACAGACCAUGGAAUCGACAACUGAUUUCUUACCCAAUAUUCAGUUCACUCAUCCCUCACAAAGCGCUUCCAAACAAUCUAAAGAUUUGUAUUCGGCAUUAGUUCCCAGUAUUAGCACACAUUUCACGACUCAUACAUAUUUCACAACACUAUUCAGUGGAACCACUUCUACGGUGAUCAGUCGAAAACAGACAUCUUCUUCAUUAGUCACUUUGUUUGUUCCCCAUUCUGUCACAUCUUCUGUUAGGCCAUCGAUUUCAAUCGACUCUUCAGAAUCUUCGGAAACAGAUUUAGAGAAUAGAAGCAAAACAGAGUACAUGAUUGAGGCGACGCCUGUAUUCACAACUCCAGUGAUGGCUACGGAUGGUAUCAUCGACGAGGAAAGACUCAAAUCAAUUCAACCAUCUUUGAGGAUCGAUAGCAGUAGUUAUGAAGUAUUUGAUUCCAGUAUGAUAUCCAAGGUAUUCGAAGACCUCAAGAGUUCUGAAGGAUUGACUGAAGAGCAGUUAUCAUCAGUGGUGGCAGAAGUGGGCGCUUCGACCACAAUCCUCGACGGCUCGACUAUAGUAUUCUUCACGAACUUCAUCCUUCCGUCCACUGCCAGCGAUGGCACAGUAAUAUCGACCGAUGCCAACAACAUAGCUAAAGGUCCGGCCGGCGAUUUGGUCAGUUCGCUGCUCAACAACGCAGACAUGUCUCUACUCAACGAUCUGUUGGCGUCGCGAAUAUCUUCCGUGAGAAGUACUGCUUCACCCGUUUAUAUAACGCCACACAUGACCACAGAUCCGGGAUCACAGAUGACUGCCAUAAAGCCGGGCUCUGUGAUCGAGUUGAGUGACUUACUGGACGGCGCCAAUCUGGCCGGUAAUAUAGGCGAAGCCAUUAAGGAUAUCGUCCACAUUCUGGCCAAAGCACCCAAAGGAAAGAAUGGCACACAAGAAGUGGACAGAAUUAGUCCAUCCAAAGAACUGCCACCACGAGAAGGGGCAGCAGUUAGCAACACACAGGACCCUGUUUAUAUACCAUUGGGUGCUAUGCAUAAACCAAGUACAGCACAAACCGGCGAUAGAAUCACUAAACAGAGUGGAAAUACACGAAGAGUUUACAUCAAUCCUUCGAGUACUGCAGGUUUGGAGGGAACAUCUCUUCCCACUUCUGCUAUCGUUUCCCAAAUAGGAUUCGAUGCCAACCCUAUUGAGAGCUCAUUGGAGACCAAUAAGAAAGUGCUGCAAAUAUCUAUUGAUAAUCAACGGCCAACUCCAGUUCUGACCUCUAAAGUAAUUAAAACUAUAAAUCCCAUGAAAACAGCAAUCAGUAGAGUGUCUUCUGGAGCCACAACUAUAUUCUUUACGGAUUCCACACAAAUGCCAUCAUUUAUUGACUCAAAUUCUCCAAUAGAGUCGACAAGAUAUGUGACGAGUGUUGAGAGCUCUACAAGAACUCUCACUUUGACCACAACUAAGGUCUACUAUACCCGAGACUCUCCACUAACCAUAACAUCAGUGUUGACCACAACUAUUCCUCCGCGAACUUUUGUAUCCACAAUAAUUGGCACCCGAACUAUAUUGGGAACGGCAGGUGAGACACAAACUGACGCAGUUGUGCCCACACAAGUAGACAAAGGAGUUGUCACCCCAACGACCACCACUCGGAGACCGACCAGAAAGCCAGGAACGGGACCAUUCAGAGCACCCACAAGAGUUCCUGAAACACCCAAACCUUUCAAAACAGCCGCUCCCAGACCACGAGUGCCUUAUAAGCCCCCACCGCCACCCCAGCCUCCCAUACUAAGCGGUGUCAGUGAAGCGCCUUAUGUUCCGAAUAAGAGACCGACUGCAGCGCCGACACCCAAACCCACAACUCGUCCCAGCAUUUUGGACAUCGAUCAGUGCAAACCUGGAUGUAAUGCCGCCAACAAAGAGGUUUGCAAAGAGAUGAAUGGAAAGUAUCGGUGCGAUUGCAGACAGGGAUUCAUUAGAAGACAAGAUGACCUCAUUUGUCAGGAACUCCAGAACUAUGUGGUUGUGGUGCGAGUGAUGAAAGUGGGAGAAUCGGAGGUCACGUGGUUCCAGGAAUUCACAAACAAUAGUUCCGAUGAGUACCAGAACUUAGCAAAGAUGGCCAAAAAUCAAGUGGACAGCGCCUACAUGGGCUCAGACGUCAAGGAGAGCUAUGUCGGCGCCGAUGUGCUCGGCAUCGAUAAAGUGGCCGACGGAGGAAAUGGAGUUCUCGUCAACCUUACCGUUCAUUUAACUAAAAGACAUGAUUUAGACGAAGACCUUCUUCGAGAGAAACUGAUUAAAAAAUUGGAGCAAAAUUCAGAACUCUUACCGAAUCCGGAAUACGUGUCCGCAGAUGUCGAGGAUGUCAUCGAUUUCGACGAAUGCAGUUCUGAACAGUACAACGAUUGUGCCGCUUCUGCUCGUUGUAUUAACGAACCCGGAACCUACCGGUGCGAGUGUCUCAACGGCUACCCAGACCUCGACAUCUCACUGCCCGGAAGGGUGUGCGCCUCAGAGAUCAAGGGCUGUGAGUUCUGUCACGGAAGGGGUGAUUGUAUUCGCGAUGAGUCCGGACUCAGCAAUACUUGUAAAUGCAACCGAAUGUAUUUGGGAAGAAGAUGUCAGAUCAACGGACUUCUGUUGGCGAUAGUGCUUCCGAUCGCUGCCAUCCUCUGCAUUGUGUCGAUUUGCUGUAUAGUCUACUGUUGCCGGAAAUGGAGGAAACGCACAAUUUCUAAGGGUUUCAGAAACCUGUCGUCGUUUGGGCCGACAGUAAUCGGCGGCACUUUAGACCGGAAGGCAAUGUUGGAGACAUCGAGUGAGAGCAGUGAUCACCUGCGGUCACACGUAUAUGACGGGCCGGCAAUGCUUCCGAACGAUCCGAAUGGGACGGACUCCCAGAGGAGAAGGGAGAGUGAGCCGAGUCUGGACCGGAGCAUGGGUUCGGUGGGCGGGCCGUACAACAGUUUGCCCCCUCAGAUAGUCAUACCACGAGCCGGUCUCGCAUUCAAAGAGAUCAUAUCGGGUUCGCCCACACAUGCACUCAGCAAUGGGUUGACGGCAAACUCCAGUCAUAAUCCUGCCGACACUUCCUCAUCCGAUACUGUCGCGGCCGUCCUUAUCCAAAUGUUUACUGAAUAA